UAGAGGCCGAUGACUGUCGAAGUGUUCAUGAACAUUUUUCUAAAAAAUAAGACGAUAUUUAGGCGUAUAACUUUAAUCAAAAGAUGACUGGACUUGCAGUUGUAUCUGGAGAAAUAGUCUGCGUCAUCUGAUUGUCUUAUCUGUGCAACAUAAAGAGUCCUUAUGGAUAUAAUACAGUUAUUUGCGGCGGGCAGCAGAACGUGAGAUAAGAUUCAACAUGUCGGCGUUCCGUAGGUUGCUCUCGGUACUUCUGAUGGUACUUUUGACCAAAAUUGAGCUGACGGAGGGUGGGGGAGACCUGCAGAUGUUUUUCAACUCUUACUACAACCGCCUCGGCGACAGCAGCUGUGGCCUCCAACAGUGUACUCCUUCCGUCAAAGUCUGUUACCAACAUGAUAACAGUCAGUGGUGCAGACCAAUGACGUCUUCCUCACCUACGACAGCGUCGGCACGACCCACCUCGACGCCGCUACCCGUAACGGAUCACUACAACAUCUCGAGUCAUUUCGGAGGCAUACCUAAUCCAUUGACUCUACCAAGAAAUGACUGGUCAUCUGAAAAUAUCACCAUUUCCAUCGAGGACCACUUCGGCAGGCAUAUUUUGGCCCACUUCGGCGUGAACGCCUGGUCUCUCCUUCCCGACAAAACCUACAAUCGAAAUUUAACCAACGGAACAUUCAUUAAUCUGCAAAUGAGCCUUAGACUAAGUUGCCAUGCUGGUUACUAUGGGCGUGGUUGCGCUGCUCACUGUCGAUCAACUGGGCGAGACGAUGAUCUCCACUGCAGCGUCAGUGGCUCUGUACUGAAAGACUGCAGCAAAGAUUGUUUCACUGCUCUGGACCUAUGUGACUCGGGCGUGUGUGAGAGCGGAUCCCGCUGCUCUACGUCAUAUAGCUCUACAGGGGCGAGGGUUCGGUGCACCUGUGACGCAGGAAGGUAUGGUUCCAGGUGCCAAUACUCAACAACGUCAUCACCCUGCGUCUACGGCAAACAGUGUCCCAACAGAACGUGCUCAAGUAACCCUUGUGGCAAUCAUGGAACGUGUGAACUAUCGAGUUCCUCCCCCGGGUACAAAUGCACGUGUGAAUUUGGACACAAUGGGUUCAACUGUGAAAUCAACAGCUGUGUCUAUAUUCAGUGUAAGAACAACGGUACAUGUAUACCUCAGGGCUAUAACUACAUCUGUUCGUGUCCAAAUGGCUUCUAUGGUAGGCAGUGCGAAAACAGAACCUGUUCAAGGGACCUUUGCAGCAAUCAUGGAGCGUGUCAACCAUCGAGCUCCCAUCCCGGUUACACCUGCACGUGUGAUUAUGGCUACAAUGGGUUAAAUUGUGAAAUCAACAGCUGCGUCUACGUUCAGUGUAAAAACAACGGUACCUGUACACCGCAGGGCUAUGACUACCACUGUUCGUGUCCAGAUGGUUUCUCUGGUAGACAGUGCGAACACAAAACCUGCUCUCGCAACUUUUGUGGUAAUCAUGGAACAUGCCAACCGUCAAGUUCCUCCCCCGGAUACACAUGCACGUGUGAUUAUGGCUACAAUGGAUUGAAUUGCGAAUUCAAUACCUUCGUCUCUGGCAAACAGAGCCCCAACAGAACGUGCUCAAGUAACCCUUGUGGCAAUCAUGGAACGUGUGAACCAUCGAGUUCCUCCGGGUACAAAUGCACGUGUGAUUUUGGACACAAUGGGUUCAACUGUGAAAUCAACAGCUGUGUCUAUGUUCAGUGUAAGAACAACGGUACAUGUAUACCUCAGGGCUAUAACUACAUCUGUUCGUGUCCAAAUGGCUUCUAUGGUAGACAGUGCGAAAACAGAACCUGCUCAAGUAACCUUUGCGGUAAUCAUGGAACAUGCCAUCCAUCGAGUUCCUCCCCCGGUUACACCUGCACGUGUGAUUAUGGCUACAAUGGGUUAAAUUGUGAGAUCAACAGCUGCGUCUACGUUCAGUGUAAAAACAACGGUACCUGUACACCGCAGGGCUAUGACUACCACUGUUCGUGUCCAGAUGGUUUCUCUGGUAGACAGUGCGAAAGCAAAACCUGCGCUCGCAACCUUUGUGGUAAUCAUGGCACGUGUCAACCAUCGAACUCCAAUCCCGGGUACACAUGCACGUGUGAUUAUGGCUACCAUGGGUUAAACUGCGAAUUCAGUAGCCGCGUCUCUCGCAAACAGAGCCCCAACAGAACGUGCUCGAGUAACCCUUGUGGCAAUCAUGGAACGUGUGAACCAUCGAAUUCCUCCCCAGGGUACAAAUGCACGUGUGAAUAUGGACACAAUGGGUUCAGCUGUGACAUCAACAGCUGUAUCUAUGUUCAGUGUGAGAACAACGGUACAUGUACACCACAUAGCUAUAGCUACAUCUGUUCGUGUCCAGAUGGCUUCUAUGGUAGGCAGUGCGAAAACAGAACCUGUAGUGGGCCGGACUGUAAAGUGGAUAGCUGCACACAUGUUAACUGUAUUAACGGUGGAACGUGCGUGCCCCAAGGGCAGGAUUACUACUGUAUCUGUCCUAGUGGUUAUGGAGGCAGAAACUGCCAAAACCACGCUUGCUACUAUAAGCACUGCAUGCAUGGAGGCCAAUGCAGAGUGAUUGGCAAUAGCACAGGGUGUCAAUGUCCGUCGUUUUAUACUGGACACCUCUGUCAGGACAACCCAUGCUCCGGCUUCAACUGCAGCAACAACGGAACGUGCAACAUCGAUGCCAACGGAAAUGCAUCCUGCACCUGCUCUUCGGAAUUCACAGGACCACGAUGUGAAACACGCAUCCCGAAUGUGGAUGCUUGCAGCAGCAGCCCAUGCAGCAAUGGGGGCACCUGCGUCGUCAAGGGCAACGGGUACGAAUGCAACUGUGUCGGAGGGCACACUGGACAGAGCUGCGACGAUAAUGGGAAGGCUUGUCCGACAAAAGCACCAAUCUCGCACUGCGUGAAGGAAACAAGUACUGCCUGUCUCAACCGCCACUGUGAAGUGUGUGAACCAGGCUUCUUCAGACUGGGCUCAGGCUGUGGCGAGUGUCCAUCUAGGGAGACUAUUCCCGACUGUCUGGAGGUAGGCAAAGACAGCUGUUUCAGCAGAUGGUGUGAGAAGUGUGCCAGUGGUUACUUCCUGAAAGAGGCUGUCUGUGACGUUUGCCCGAACAACUACAUAGGCUGUGAGAAGGUGGUUUGCAACGACACCAACGACUCUCGUUGUGUGCUCUGUCACCAUAGCUACCAGCUGAAGAACGGCCUCUGCAAGCCUACAUUCAAAACGCUGCCGAGCAGCAACGCCCAGUGCCCGGACUUCACCCGGUACAACUGCAGCUACAUGGACUCCACUGAACGUCUGUGCGACGAGCCCAGCAGGGCCUGUAGCUUCUGUCCAAGAUAUUGUGGACUCUGCGACAGCUGUAAAAGUCGACGUUUCGGGCUUAUCAUUGGAUAGAAAAAAUAGCUUGGUCCAAACGUAAUAAACACACUUCCACCUUCUGUACCCGGAUGUAAAGGACCUCGGAUAUCGUAAAAUUCUACACCCCAGUCUCUCCCCGCAUGUGUUGCUUUCAACUUUCAACAGUAUUCUGGUUAUCUGCUUGGAUGUCAGCUGUACAGGGUGGGCUCCCACUAGUAACAUAUGGCACAACUGCUUCGAAAUAUAAAAUUUAGCUGAAUUUUGAAUGUAACAGGUUUUGCAGCAAUAGAAUUCAGAAUCGGAGAUGAUGAUUAAGAUGCAUUUCAGCUUGUAAUUGUAACGAUGAAUGUGUACACAUGUGAUAUCAUGUAAUUAAGCAUUUAGGUGUUUACGAACAUGUGUCCACACGUGUCGGAUAUCAUUAAUCAGUCGGGUUAUCAUUGGAAGGUGAUCAUAAAGAUGUAUCAUAAAGCUGCUUUGUUAUGUAUACCUGUCUUGACACGGAUCAAGUCGGUAGUUGGAUAUGUCCGCCUCCUUGCUUUGUUCUCUGAAAUGUUGUAACGUGGAUAUUUGUGAAAUCACUUUUCCCUGUGUGUGCUUGAACGUUGAUAUUAAAGGGUCCAAAUGAUCAGGAA